CAAACCCCACAACCACCUCCCCGGCGCCGCUCUUCGUCGCCCCCCGCGGCCUUAUAAAUACGAGGCGAGGCGGAAGGGGGCGCAGAUGGGAAUCGCCUCCUCUUCGUCCUCGAGCCCGGAAUCCAGAGCUAUGGCGCUCGCCAAGGCCAAGGAGAUCGUCGCCUCCGCGCCCGUCGUCGUCUUCAGCAAGUCUUACUGCCCUUUCUGCGUCCGUGUGAAGCAGCUGUUCGAGAAGCUGGGGGCAAGCUUCAAGGCCAUUGAGCUGGAUGUGGAAAGUGAUGGAUCUGAGAUCCAGGAUGCUCUCAAGGAAUGGACUGGACAGAGGACUGUCCCAAAUGUCUUCAUCAAUGGGAAGCAUAUUGGUGGCUGCGAUGAUACCAUGGCACUGAACAAUGAUGGGAAGCUGGUGUCCCUGCUGACUGAGGCUGGAGCGAUCGUGGGUUCUACCUCAAAGAAAACCACCGCCACUGCUUAGCUCGACCUGAGAGUUGUCCUGGUUGACAUGUUAUACUGUUCCCGUGGUAUGAAAUAAGGGGUUAUGCUUCGCAGGUCCUGAACUUGUGUGCUGUCAGAGUGUCGAGUACUAUCAUGACUGUUUAGUCCCCCUGUUGAACCGCUCAGACAUCAGUCGAGUUGCAUGCCUCCGCUAAUAGUAAUGAGUUCCUAAUCAUUAACUCCUCUGUCAUCGUGA